CAGGAUAUAUAAAUACACAGAUGGUAGCAGAUCGUUGCAAAGGGUUGUUUUAAAAAAAAUUGAAGUACACUGAGUGCUAAAAGUGUCACAAGUUACUUAGACAAGUCGUGUAUAAAGUACAACUGUAAGUGUGAAAUUCAGUAAUAAUAUUGCUAAAUCUGCAUUUCAUAAUUAUGUCAGUGCUAUACACUUAUGGUUCCUUUGCUGCUGCAGUGCUGCUGCAGUGCACCACAAAGAGUUUUGAUGGGGAAAACUGCCGACUUGAUUAUUUUCCAGCGGACAGCCAUUGACACCUUCCUCAAGGAGAGUAAGCGACUAAGGUCUAUUACUAAAGAAGCUCAUUAUUUGCAGAGUUUUGUAUCCAAAGCAAAUAAGCAAAGGUUGGGAAGAAAAAAGUGUGACAGGACUUUUUUUUUUUUAACAAUAGUAAUAAUAAUAAUUACUACCAUAUAUUUCACAAACUGUCCAUUUGUUUUGAUUUAGAAUUCAUUUAAGUGCUAAUAUAUGUUGUUUUGUACCAAAUUGUUUUUGAUAAGUUUAAUGAUGCAGGCUGUUUGCAGGAUACUGAAUACAAAGAAAAUACGGUCAAGUUCAGUGGAAGAAAAAAAUGAGGCAGAAAUGUUUUUAUAAUAAUAAUUACUAUCACAUAUUUUACAAAAUGUCCAUUUGUUCUUUAGAAAAAUAUGAUUAGUGACAUACAAGUCUUAAUGCAUGUCCAGUCUCUAAAUCUGAAGGUCCAAAAUUAUUUUGAGGCACGUUUGGGCCUCAAUAGAAAGGCUUACAUCUUCAGGCUAGUAGAGAAUAAGGGUCCAAGUUGACUGCAAUUUUUAAAAUUUUUUUUUCUCAACAGUUUUCAAAAUUGCAGACUUUCUAAACUUGGAAUUCUGUCUGACGUUGAAUUUUCCAAUUAAUUGGGGAAGGAGGUCCCCAAUGUUUUUCUUUUUUUGUGUGCAAGCCAAUAGAGGAUGGAGGUGGAGAGAUGGCAGAGUUUACUUUUCGAUGAGCUUGUCAAAGUUAUCAUACAUUGGGGAGAAUGUGAAGGGGGAUGGCAGCCCCGUGCCAGAUCUUUCCAGUGAGGGAACUUUCUUUAUUUUCGUGGCGAUCCAGUCACAGCAGCGCGCUUUCACGCAUUUUGGAGAACUUUUCGCGAACUUUGGAGGCGCUAAAAUAAGCCCAGUAACAAACUAUGGCUGAAGCGCACAGCUUACUUACUGAGGAUCCGUGCAGUCCACAGAGCAGCGGCGGCUCUACGCCCCGGCACGAACCGGACCGGGAGCUCGGGAACUCUCCCGCCGGAUCUGACGCGCUGGCGGCUGCGCGUCCCCUCGCUGGAGCGGAGAGCUCCCCGGAGGACGAGCGGUUCCCCGCCUGCAUCCGGGACGCGGUGUCGCAGGUGCUGAAAGGGUACGACUGGUCGCUGGUGCCCGUGCCGAGUCAGGGGGAGAGAGGGCUGAAGAGCAAGCCGCACGUAAAGAGGCCGAUGAACGCUUUCAUGGUGUGGGCGCAGGCGGCGCGGAGGAAACUGGCGGACCAGUACCCGCACCUCCACAACGCGGAGCUGAGCAAGACGCUGGGCAAGCUGUGGAGACUUCUCUCUGAAACAGAAAGGCGGCCAUUUGUAGAGGAGGCUGAAAAGCUGAGAAUGCAGCACAAGAGAGACUAUCCAGACUACAAAUACCAACCUCGAAGACGCAAAAGUGCUAAACUGGGCCAAGGGGACCAGAGACCACAACACCAGCACCAGGCCCAGCAGGGCUUUUAUAAGACGGAAGCUGGGUUGACCCGGCUAGGUGGUAUAGGAGAGGCCCCCAAGCAUUACCAUCCAGACAGACCAGGUCAACCUCAUGGUCCUCCAACACCACCGACUUCCCCCAAAACUGAGCUCCACACUGUUAACAAGCACGAUGCCCAUCAUCCUGCUGACAGUAGCUCCGCUAUUCAUUCCAACCGAAACAUCGACUUCAGCAAUGUGGACAUUUCAGAGCUUAGCACCGAGGUCAUCGGUACCAUGGAUGGCUUUGAUGUGCACGAGCUGGACCAGUACCUGCCCCCGAACAGCCACAGCACAAUUCAUCCAGCCCAGAUGGAACCCGGCAGCCUGAAUGGAUCAUACAUCCCCCAAAGCGCCCAAGCUCACUCACACAGCACAGUCAACUGUACCCUCAAAACACCUGAAGGGACAUCAGCGGAGGUACCGCAGGAGGACACUGGUCAAAAACCUCAGAUCAAAAUAGAGCAGAUGAGCCCCGGCCAUUGCAGCUCGUCACCUUCCUCUUCUACUUCACCUGCUCCGCCUUCACACCGACCUCAGUACACCUCUCUUAGCUCCUCCACCUCCGUGUCUCCUCCUAACCCGCCGGACUACACUGACCUUCAGAACGCCAGCCUCUACGGCGCGUUUUCAGGUUACCCCGCCGGCCUGUACCAAUAUCCGUACCUUCACUCAUCUCGCAGGUCGUACGCCGCUCCGCUCAUCAACAGCCUGGCUUUGGUGCCGCCUCCACGCAGUCCUCCCUCUGUCUGGGAGCAGCCCGUCUACGCGUCACUCUCCAGGCCUUGACAGGGACUGUCAAGGCCUCAGACUCAACCACAGCUCACAGACAGUAGACAAAAUCUCAUCUGUUUCUGUGAAAAACAUCACGGGCCUGUGUUGUCAUGUAGAAGAAAUCUCAAGACUGACAAGUACUUAGAAAUAUGUUUGAAUUUGGAUGUCUUGAAAGGGCAAAUCAAUAAAAUUCUCCAGACUCAAAUUCAUUUGGCAUUCCAUACCUUUGUAGUUUUAGCUGAACCUUUAAAAAAAAUCCUUACAAUCAAGACAUCUGCUAACACCCACCUUGCACCAGGGUUGUCUCAUACCACCUUUGACAACCGGGUUGAUGAUGUCAUUCUAAUAAAUAAUAUCUGCCAAAUGAAGGUAGCUCAUAGGUAUAUUAAUUUAUCAAUAGUCAUAAUCUAUCAUAUUUGACAAUAGUCAUCUGGUUCAAAUGGAGUUUAAAAGUAAAAUACAUACAAAUAGGUGGUCUUAAGUACUGUACAAUGUACAAUGAAAUUAUAUGUAAGAUUGAAGCUUUUUAAAGACUAUUUCAUUGAAAAAUUCAUGAAAAUAUCUCAGCAAAUUUUGAUAUGCCAUGGUUUAAGUGCCUGGGUACCAAGGAUGGAGUCAGGACUGGUUCUUGCUAGACCAAGAUCGCACCCUCCAAGAGCAAGAGCAGCUCUUCUGAGACCAAGACUGAGACAUAACAAUCUGAGACCGAGCUCAAGAUCAGGAAAAAGCAGGUUGAGACCGGUCUCGAGACUUCUAUCCCUGAUGGGCACCAACUUUGUUUAUGGGUUAUAAAAUUGAGACAAGACGCAACAAAACAGCAUAGUGUGGGUACAAAAUGGGGAGAACAAAUAGAGUUUAACGGUACCUGCCACCAGUCCAGCUGGUAGUAGUUUAGGACAGUUUCUUAAACAUACUUGAGCAACAAAACCACCUGUAGGUUGGGACGUGGCUCCCAACAAUUUCCACUUCUCUAAAAGUGAAACAUUCACAACAAAUUGACCUCUUUGCAGGUAUUUUUUAUUUAUUAUACGUAUAUUAACUGCCCAGGUAAUCUACCAUGAAUGUUUUGGACUCCGGAAAGAAACCUAUGCAGAGGGAACUCAACCUACCGUUGUGAAAACAUUCAAAGCAAGUUUGAAUCCACAAGCUGCCUGGCGACAGUCCUGCAAGCCUGCUGUAAUCUCAUGGUAUUUAUCGAAUUCAUGUUUUAAUUGCUCUUGUCCACUGUGCCUUGGUCUUUUGCUUAUAAGGUUUCCAGUUUGCAUGAAAAAAAAUCAGAGUUUAUUUUUUGUAACUUGUGCAAUUUGUGAGAUGAUUUAUCUAAUGUGGGACCUCAGCUGAAUAAAAUGGCUCUGAUUGAUUGUAGAGGGUGUGGCUUAUUGCAAAGUAUUCUAGCGUCACAUUACAUAAGAAUAACAUUUCUUAGGCAACAAUUAUAGAUCCAAAAGGCUUUAAUCAGAUAUUAUUGUUAAAGUCAUUCUACAGAUACAAGACAUUUUAUAGUGUAUUUUGUAUGGUGUGCAGAGACAGUAGACUUUAGCUCAGAAGAUGUGUUUACAACUAGGGGCAACAAAUAAAAGCACCAAAGGAAACAAUUUGUUUAGAAUUUCUUAUAAGGUUUAAAUGGAGCAGUUUAGUGAUAUGAUUGAGCACAUCUCCCCAGUGGAGACUAAUAAUGUUUAUAUGGAUAGAAAAAAUGUUUGAUUAUGUUUUCAGAUUUUGGUCUCUUUGGUCAAGUACCUUAUUUUGCAUUUUAAAAAAA